GUCGCUGACGCAGGCGCGACCAGUAUUCACAGCGAUGGCGAUGUCGAUGUCGGCGGGCAGGUGCGGCCUGCGGGCGCUUCUGCGCGGCGGAGCGAGGCGGAGCGACGCAGCUGCCGGCAAGAGGAGCUUCUCUGCCUCUGCCCACCAGGACGACGCCUAUGAGACGGCGAAAUGGGAGAAGAUAACGUAUGCGGGGAUCGUCACCUGCACUGUACUUUCGAUCUAUAACCUCUCCAAGGAUCACCCCCACCAUCUCGAACCACCGGCUUACGAAUAUUUGCACGUCCGUAACAAGGAGUUCCCCUGGGGUCCUGAUGGUCUCUUUGAAAAGAAGCAUGCUGAACAUUAGGGCACCAUUUCCGUGGUUUUCUGAUUUUCACUUAGAACAUAUUCAAGUUGACAGUGAAUACUUGAAGCAGCUGUUCAAAGCAACUUUGCCUUUUUGAUUUGAAAAAGAAAAUCUAAUAAUUCUGUUGAACCUUCUUUUUUGUGAGCAAAUUAUUUCACUCCAUUGUGGUGAUUGAUUUUUAUUUGACACAUCUUUCUUAGUAAAUUACACCUUGUUCUGAUCUGUAGAAAAUUGCUGCAGCUGUGUGAUGUUGAGUUGUGUUUGGCUUAUGAUCUAUUCAACUUCACUUGAAAAGGAAACAGUUAAUAAGAUUCAGUCACGUUAAUAAAUA